GACGUGGAGCUGCGAGUGUACGGCACCAAUUUCUCCUGGACGGCGGUCCCAAACUGCAUGAACAUCUCCGGGCACUUGUGCGACCUCACGUACUACACCCUGGACCCGGAGCAGCGCUACUAUGCCCACGUCAGAGCCGUUUCUGGAAACCGCACGUCCUCGUGGAGCAGGACCAACUCUUUCUCCCCAAAAGAAGCCAGCCUGCGGCUCUCGGGGCAGAGCCUCUCCGUGACGGGCAACACCAUCCACGUGAAGCUGCAGCUGCUCCUGAAAGCCGGCAACCUCACCGUUAAAUACGAAGACAUACAAAAGCACGCGCGGCGCUACAAGACGUACAUCAGGAGGGCGCAGGACAAUCGGACG